AUGCCGUUUUUGAGCCCCGAUUGGCGAGGCCCUGGGGAGAAAUAUAUCAAAUCAACUGCUGAAGAGGGUAAUACAUGGGAAAAUGCCAAGGACUGGCGCGAGAAGGUCUUUGCAAACAUGAAUGACGCUGCUCUUAAAAGGCAAAUGGUCUUAAUUUUCACAACAAUCAUCGUCUUAACACUUUUAUUACUAAUGUAUUGUGAUCUUUUUAGAAUAUACCGACAAUCACUUACAGAUGAGCAGCUAAGCUCUGAGGACUUUGAAUCCAUGUUGGCUAGUAUUGCCUGCUUUCAACCUCAUAUUCGUAUAAACCUCAGCAGUACUAGAGAAAUCGCUAAUGUCAGCACAAUUACAGACGCUCUCCUUAAACUUGACAUGAAAUCUGCUAUCAGGGAUGUGCGUCGAUUCAAUUAUGUGUGCAAAUUGGUAAGCAAACUUCUUGCUGAUCGAUUACACACUCUAACUGGUCGAUCUCAGCUCUACAUUAUCGAAUUAUUGAAAGUGGUAAUGCAUCAAGUUCUUGGCAGUUGUAAUCAGACCCUUGUUUUUCGUCAACUUCUUGACACUUUACGCACGAAUUUGGAGAGACAUGAAUAUGACCAUAUAGGAAGUUCGCAACUCUGGGUUAGUCAUUGGGAUUCUUUGAAGAAAAUGGAAGCGACUCUGGACGAUUUCGACAUUAAUAAGAGUCUUGGUACAUCAGCCGGUGAAAAUUCUCCCACACAUGUCAACUGUAAGCGUUCGCAAACCGAAGGGAGCCGAGCAUCCCUAGAAGCCCUACCUCUUGAAUGCUUGAAAUGUAUUUUUGACAAUGUCCACAGCCCUGAAGAUCUCGAAUCAGCCUCCCUCGCUUCUCCAACCCUCGCUUUGUUAAUUAACGAUGAGGUGCUAUGGCGACGCAUGGUUACUCGUUCCUUUACUCCCAAUCAGAUUAUGGCGGUGCAGUGGGGCCGUUCUUCCUGGAAAAAUCCGCCUUCAAUGCCCGUCUCAGCAGCGGAUUGUAAUUGGAGGAUGGCUUAUAUCCGCCUCGUGAGGCGAUUUGGAGAGCAACAAGUGCACUCUGCACGUCUGGCUGUGUGUGAGAACUGUUCGUGCCUCUAUUGGUUGGUAAGCACGUGUAUUGCAUGUCCUUAG